UCCAUGUGACAGGGUUGCAAUUGCAGAUACAAUGAGGUCUGAGCAGGAUUUUGAAUAGCUACCCUGGGAGCAUCGUCACUGAGACCAUCAUCAGAUUCAUCGCUCAUUGUAAGGUAACUGAAAUACACGUUUCUAAUUCCUUCUGUAAAAAGAGUCGAKGUCUAGAAAACUAAUGACGUUGAGCAACGAAACGGUUGAACAACAGCAGUAGGCCCUGCGUUUCCACCUCCGCCGGUUUAUUCAUGGAAAACUAUCUUUAAAGUUAAUUAGAGGCUAUAUCGAAACAUCGGCAUUGGCUCUAAGACUGUAAUCAAAACAGACAAAACAGAUUCCAAGAUGGUUUGUGGAGCGSCAAAAGRUGAURAGACACAUCUCAAAGAUUUUAUGGAAAGCACAAGUCUWCACGGYGCUCGAUAUCUUGCGGGGAGAAACAUUAUUAGAAAACURUUUUGGUUUGCUGCGUUGUGUGUUGCGUUUGGGUUCUGCGGUAGCCAGGUUUCUAAGACGAUUCUCGCGUUUAUAGCUAAACCAUUUUCGACUACCCUAACCGUGGAACUCAAUGAAUCUGAAACCAAGUAUUUCCCAGCUGUGACUAUAUGUAAUUUAAACAUGAUAAGCUUAAGUCAGUACAUCAAAGCUCAACGCAAGUGGCAACAUGAAACGGGAAAGGUGAACACUACAGAUGAUGAAUUAACUUACGAAAUAAUGUCCUUUAUGUCGUUGAUGACCUACAGAGGAGAAGGAAAUAAACUCCUAGAAUCAGCAAAGCAAGCUUUAUACGACUCCAAUCCAGAAUACCUCAAAAGAGGUCCGCUGUUUGGUGAAGUUGUCGAGGGCUUCUCUCAUACCAUACAGGGAAUGUUAUCGUUUCAAUGGCUAGGGGCAUGCAAAUGGCGAGGACAAAAAUGCACGGCGCAAAAUUUCACGUCAUUACCGAACCUGAGAAUGGGGCGAUGUUACACUUUUAAUUCAGGCGAUAAAGACCAUGCUUUGCUUGAAAAYCCGCAAAUACCCGGGCCAACGCAGGGACUGAGGCUAAAGCUCAACGUAGAAGAAGAAGACCACGUUACAAACUUUGAUUCCCYUAUGGCUGGUUUUAAAGUGCAUAUUCACGACCAAACKGAAUACCCWAUUGUUGACGAGCUUGGAUUUGCUAUACAACCUGGUACACACACAUUUGCAAGUGUUUCAGUGACCAAGUUCAAGAAUCUUGCGAAUCCAUUCAAGACAGAUUGCAAGUCACCUAAAUUGGCAUACAGCAGUUAUUUUGGUUAUCCAUAUUCUCCCGGAGCAUGCAUGAAGCARUGUGUGCACGAUUACCUCAUCGAAAAGUGCAAAUGUCAACCAUUACACAACAUAACGGCUGGAGUCGAAUUAUGUUCUAUAAAAGAUGCUUUUGAUUGUGUUUAUCCAGCAUUGAACGGAAAACUUCCAAGCAAAGUAUCGAGCUGUGCUACAAGUUGCCCAAGUCCAUGUGAKSUGACACAGUAUAAUACCAAGCUGUCUUAUGCCAGUGCAGUCAGCAGCGCCGUGAGCCGGACCAUACCAGAGUAUUUGAAAACUUUAAAUGAGGAAGAUAGAAAAUCAUUUACGGUAGCAAAUUACACACCCGAGCAGAUGCAAGUCUAUUUGCAGAAAAACCUGGCUGCUAUUGAUAUUUUCUUCGAAGAUUUGUCAUACACCCAUAUUCAACAGAAACCAGUCUAUGACACUUGGGCGUUACUGGCAAAUCUCGGUGGGUACACUGGUCURUUCCUUGGCAUGAGCCUGCUCACUGUGCUAGAGUUUUUGGAGUUCUUUCUGAUUUGGUGUUAUAAUAAGAUACGGGGUUCCUCCAAAGAAGUUCAAGUUGAUAAUGUCGAAAUCAAUGGAAUACCCAACGACCCACCUACUAGUAAAUCAAAUGAGGUCUUAACUAUGUUUGAGAGAUGACACAGUAAAACAUAUAUAGUACGCGUGUUAUGAUUGGUUCCUYUAGAGGAGCUCAAGCGGUUAUCAGUGAUAAUACUGAUGGAAGGGCAGUGACCAAUUUAAUAUAUUUGAAUAAUACGCGUGCUAUGAUUGGUGGAAAACAGAGGCGAACAUUUGCGAAAGUAUCGUUAUUGUGAUUGGUUGGAAUGGAGGUUUUAUUAUAUCAGGCGUAAUCUGUCAUGAUCAGUUCUAUGAAUGCACAAGACAGUUUUAAGAAUAACGUAUACCCAUACCAUUCAUAUCAGCUAAAAUACUAGACUAUCUUUGCAAGGUCAACGUGGUCGCGUCUCGUUUUGAUGGAUGACUCUGCCAUCAUUCACCUAGCAAAAAGCAGGGAAUAAUAACAUAACACUAAAAUAGCUUUUGUAACGCGCAUUCUGAUUGGCCAAUUAAGAGGAGUACAUUAUGAGAGCUAGCCAAUCAGCGCACACAACAUGCAAGUUAAUAGUUACAAAUAUAAAUUUUGUUUGCUAAAAUUACUUGCACUUAAUUUACUAUAAUUAGAUCUUGUAUAUUUAAAUUUAUUUAUUCGUAUAUCAUCGAAGUAUUUUUUAUAGAGAACUUAGAUAUCAUUACCUACGUAGAAUUAUUUUUUUCAAACUUUAGAAACUACUGGUGAUGGUGUAGUUAGCUUAAUGAUUUUGUUUAUCAUUCGUUAAGUUGUUUUCAUUAAAUUUAAUUUCGUCGCCUUUGAGUUUUGAUGUAAAAUGUCUCAUAUUGUGGUAUAAAUAAAAUARAAGUAUUCAAA